AUGCCGAUCGGCAAAAUUGAACAGUUUGACUUAGCGAGUAAAAAGUGGUUGGCGUACAUUAGGCGUGUCAAGCAAUUUAUAACCUUAAAUGAGAUAAAGGAUAAUUUACAAGUGGCUACCUUAGUGACGUUAGUAGGGGAAGCCACUUAUAGUUUGAUGUGCGAUUUGUGUGCGCCGGCUGAUCCUGAGACGAAAACUUUUACGGAUUUAGUAAAAAUAGUCGGCGACCAUCUCGAACCAAAGCGCUCCGAAAUUGCGGAGCGACACGUGUUUCGUCAACGUAGGCAGAAGGCGGGCGAACCAGUAGGCGAGUACUUGCAGGCCCUAAAACAUCUAGCCAGUACGUGCAAUUUUAGUAGCGGCCUCGAAGAAAACCUGAGGGAUCAAUUUGUAUCCGGCCUAUCGGAUGACGAUAUGAGGUCCCGCCUAUUCGCGGAGGCGAAGUUGACGUACAAGCGAGCGGUGGAGUUGGCUUUGGCGCUCGAGGCGGCGGAGAGGCACGCGCAGGCGAGCAGCUCGGGCAGCGGAGCGAGUGCAGCCACCGCGGGACACGGCGCCGGCGAGGCGCUGCACCGGGUGGAGGCGCGCGGCGGCGCAUUACGUAAGCCUGUGGAGCGGGAACUCGAACGACUCGUGGCGGAGGGUACUAUUUAUAAAGUCGAUUAUUCAGAUUUUGGUACACCCAUUGUACCAGUAAUUAAAAAAUCGGGCGAAAUCCGUAUUUGCGGCGACUACAAAGUGACCGUUAAUCCUAAGUUGGUACAGGACCCGUACCCGCUGCCACGAAUCGAGGAGUUAUUUGCCGCGUUGAGUGGGGGCGAGCAAUACAAGAAAUUUCAGAAGUUUAUGGAGGAGACACUCAGGGGGCUGCGGGGGGUCGCGGUCUUCCUGGACGACAUCGCGGUAACCGGGCGCGACAGGGACGAGCAUAUGGCUAACCUGACGGCGUUGUUUGAAAGAUUGCGCGAUGUAGGUCUCAGAAUUAAAUUAGAAAAAUGUUCAUUUAUGCAAGAUAGCAUUGUUUACGUAGGGUUUAUUAUAGAUAAACAAGGUUUGCAUCCCGACCCCGACAAGAUUAAAGCUAUUGUGGAAGCGCCUGCGCCGAAUGACGUCACGCAGCUACGAUCAUUCUUGGGGUUAAUUAACUACUACGCGAAGUUUAUACCUAACCUUAGCUCAACGCUUUAUCCGCUACAUCGGUUGCUACGUAAAGACGUACCUUGGGUUUGGUCGACAGAUUGCAAUAAAGCAUUUUUACAUGUCAAGAAUGUCGUGGCUGGCAGGGGCGUACUGGUGCAUUACGAUCCCGACCUUCCUCUAGUGUUAGCCGUUGACAGCAGCUCGUACGGUCUGGGCAGCGUAUUGUCUCACCGCUUCCCGGACGGCUCGGAGCGGCCCAUAUGUUUCGCGUCUCGGACGCUGACCGCGGCCGAGCGGGCGUAUAGUCAACUAGAUAAAGAGGCGCUCGCAAUAAUUGCGGGUGUUAUUAAACACCAUCAGUAUCUGUAUGGCCGUCAUUUUAUUAUUAAAACGGACCACAAGCCUCUAACUUUUAUAUUUGGGUCUAAACACGGUUUACCGCAAACGGCCGCUAGUAGGUUACAAAGAUACGCGACUAGGUUGGCAGCUUACGAUUUUCAGAUUGAAUUUGUUAAGUCGAACGAUAACAGUAACGCGGAUGCGCUCUCGCGGUUACCGUUGCCGUGCCGGCGUAAUAAGGAAAAGGGGUUAGAUGCAAUGUCAUACAUUAAUUAUGUAGAAGAGUCGUUUCCUAUCAGCGCGAGAGAUGUGGCGUCAGGGACGCAAUCGGACGUGGUUUUAAAAAAUAUAUUUAAUUAUGUUAGAGAUGGUUGGCCGGUAAGUGUACUAGCCGAGCAGGAGAAAUCAUAUUUUCAUAGGAAGGACAAAUUAACAUUGGAUAGGGGUUGCAUUUUGUACAACCACCGGGUGGUCAUACCGGAUGGAUUGAGGCAACAAGUGCUAAUGGAGCUGCAUGAAGGGCACCUUGGCGUCGUAAAAAUGAAAAAUUUAGCACGCGGGUAUGUAUAUUGGCCGCAGUUGGACGCCGAGAUCGAGGCACUAUGCCGCGCGUGCGCCGCUUGCCGCCAGCAGCGCGACGCGCCGCCGCGCGCCACGCUGCACCCCUGGAGCUUCCCGUCGCGGCCAUGGCAGCGUCUGCAUGUUGAUUUCGGCGAGUUUCAGGGUAAACAUUAUUUAGUUACAGUUGAUGCCCACAGCAAGUGGAUCGAAAUCCAAAAAAUGCCUAGUACUAAUGCUGCUGCGACAAUCCUCAAGUUAAGGAAGCAGUUCGCUCGAUUUGGUCUCCCCAGUCAGAUAGUAAGUGAUGGGGGACCACCGUUCGCCUCUGCAGAGUUUGCCGAGUAUUUAAAAAAAAACUUUAUCACGCACACCAUAACGAGCCCUUAUCGAGCGGCAGGUAAUGGCGCUGCUGAAAAUGCCGUCAAGACCGCCAAACGGGCAAUGAAAAAAGCGUUACACGAGGGUGCAGAUAUAGAUAUAGCUAUUUGCAGGUUUCUAUUCCAGUAUCGCAACACACAGCAUUGUACAACGGGUGUAACCCCUGCAGAAGCCCUGAUGGGUAGGCGUUUGCGUGGACGAUUAGAUAUAAUACUGCCCACGUUCGAACGAGCCGAGCGAGUAAAUAGGGCACAGGAUCGGGCUGGACAGCACCGGCCGGGCGCUGAGCGGCACGUGCAGCCCGGGGACACGGUGCAGGCGCGUGACUACCGUCGCCAAUCCGGUAAGUGGGCCGAAGCUAUCGUCACAGAGCGUCGAGACCCGCUCACAUAUACAGUACGUCUCUCCGACGGACACGAGUGGAAACGUCACAUCGAUCAGCUGUUGCCGAUUCAAUCGGCGAAGAAUCGGUACUCGUUAUCAAAAUUCGAGCCAAAGUCAGUUGUCAACAACGAUGAUGAUAUCGUGUUGCCAUCAACUUCGAACAGUAGGCCAAGUCCUACCCACAAUGAUGUCAGCGAGGAGUCGGAUGAGUACCAGGAUCCGUCAGAGGAGCCUCCGGCGAGCGCACCCGAGGAGUGCCAGUCAGGCGCCGGAGUGCGGCCAAAUCCCACCUCCAAGGUGGUACCCACCGACCCACCUAUGUCGGAAGACCUUACGCAAUAA